GUCCAUUUCUCCCAGAUCCCCUCAAGAAGAUCAUCGUCCAAGGGCAAGUUGCCUUCAAAAAAAGACUUUGUCCAUGGGAUCUGGCCAAUCGUACAUGUAUAUUUUCUUCAGGGUCAGGUAUGGUCCAUGACUCGAAGUAAUUACAAGCAUCCUUGAAGAAGCUAUUUGUCCACUGAAUGGUGUGUUAUAGCAGAAAGUAGGGCGAGUCAAGAUGGAGCUGCAGACAGAGGACAAAAUGGAUGAAGAGGAGGAAAAAGACAAGACAACCAGUGCGCAAGCCCAAAGCAAAAUGAAGGACCGGCUCUCGGAGCUGCUGGAGUUAAGCAGGCACUACGACCAGCAUUCCCCGGACCAGCAUUCCCCGGACGGGGAGGAUGAGCUGGACUCACCGCAAGAGCACAUCGUCUUCGAGACGGACCACCUGCUGGAGUCCUUGUACCGGGACAUCCAGGACCUGCAGUGUGAAAACCAGUUGCUGCUCAUCGAUGUGAAGCGGCUGGGCAAGCAGAAUGUCCGCUUCCUCACGUCCAUGCGGCGCCUCAGCAGCAUCAAGCGCGACACCAACUCGAUCGCCAAGGACAUCAAGGCCCGGGGCGAGGGCAUCCACCGCAAGCUGCGCGCCAUGAAGGAGCUCAGCGAGAAGGCGGAGGCCCAGCACGGCGAGCACUCGGCCUUGGCGCGCAUCUCCCGCGCGCAAUACAGCGCGCUCACCCGCACCUUCCAGCGCGCCAUGCACGAGUACAACCAGGCGGAGAUGAAGCAGCGCGACAACUGCAAGAUCCGCAUCCAGCGCCAGCUGGAGAUCAUGGGCCAUGAAGUCUCGGGCGACCAGAUCGAGGACAUGUUCGAGCAGGGCAAGUGGGAUGUGUUCUCGGGAAACCUGCUGGCCGACGUGAAGGGCGCGCGCGCGGCGCUGUCCGAGAUCGAGAGCCGCCACCGAGAGCUGCUGCGGCUGGAGAGCCGCAUCCGGGACGUGCACGAGCUCUUCCUGCAGAUGGCGGUGCUGGUGGAGGAGCAGGCCGACACCCUGAAUGUCAUCGAGGUCAACGUCAGUCAGACCCUGGAUUACACGGGGCAGGCCAAGGCGCACGUGCGCAAAGCGGUGCAGUACCGGAAGAAGAACCCCUGCCGGACCAUCUGCUGCUUCUGUUGCCCCUGCCUCAAAUAACAGGUGACCCAGGGCGCCACCCACUGCCUUCUACCGGUGGAGAAAGGGCUGGGGAACACACAGGAACGAUUUGGGGGCGCUCUGUAGAUGCGGUGUGUAGACCUCGGUGUGUGCCCCAGUCCCUGUAGAGCUCAGCCUUGGGAAAGCAGAGGGACAACCGGAGUAAGAAUUCCAGCCUCCUCAUUCUUGGGAAGAUGCUGAUGCCGUCGGCGUCUUCAGCGAAGGCAGAGGCCUACGCAGGUGUGUCAGCUCACGCGGAGCCCAUGACCUCUUGAUGGAAGACCCGCUAGGUGGGCUUGGUGGUUCACCUUAGGGUAGAUGUCCAAGACAUGGUUCCUCGUGAAGAUUCUAAGAAAAAGUCACUUCUGCAUGAACUGAUCGAGUGAACUCACUAUCAAAACUUAAAUGCACUUACCCUGUCCUGAAAGCUCUUUUUCAUUUUCAGGGAAAUCAACCUCGGGAAAGUGGAUGUAUUUCACUUGGGGUUCUUCAUCUGGUUUAUUCUAAGUGAUUCCUGCUGAGGUAUUUAUCUUCUUUCUUCCCUGCUUUUUAAAAUUGCAUUUAACACUUAC